GCGAAUUGCAUCCGUUUCGAUAAAGUCAAAUGAUCUGAGACCAAAUUAACUCAUUAUGUAAAACGAUUUCAGCGAAACAAAAUGCUGCUCUGCAUUUUUCUACUUCUGGGAACAUGGGGAGGUGUGUUGGGCAACGGCGACAUAUGCCAGCAAUCUCGACAUCAAGCUUGCCCAAUACCAUAUGACUGGAGUUUUCCGAAGACUGAAGAGGACCUUAAUAAAAUAUGCCCAAAAUUUAUACAAAUCGCUGAAUGCAAGAAAGAUUAUUUAAAGAAAUGUGAUCCUGAAGAUGUGUCAUGGCAAAAUUAUCUUCAGAAUUUAAAGGACGUUGCAGAAGACGCAUGUGCAGAAAAUUCAGAGCUUCAUUUACGUAUCGUUCAAAACAUUGGCUGUUUCAAUGAAGUAGCUCAACAGGACAUACAAAUAUGCCAUAACGACAUAGAUAAAAAGACAGAAGAAAUGUUGAAAUAUAUUCGUGAAAUUGAGACAGAAGAAGGCACUAAUGAUGAACUUUGGGAAGCAUUUCAGUGCUUGUUGGCAUCCCUCGAGAUUCAGUGCUACGCCUCCAAAUCUUCUGAGAGAUGUGGAUACGAUGCGGGAGACCUUGUUCUUGAACUAAGCAGGAGUACAGGAUUUCGAUUCCGAUGCUCGGUUGCAAGUGAAGAAAUUCUAUCGAAGCUCUUAGCCCUUUUGGAAUUGGAAUUGGAAGAGGAAGCUUCCUUAAAUCGAAUAAUGGCUAGUGAAUAAAGCAUUCAACUUACCCUGUGUUUUAUGUUAAUCUAUUUAUGUAUAUCCUUUUUACUUUUUUAUAUUAAAGGAUCUAUUAUUACUUUUUUAUAUUAAAUAUAAAAUUUUUAUAUUAAAUUUUUUUUUGAGUUGUAACUGGAAAGAUGAAUAAAUGCUCAAACUAUUA